UCGUUCUUACUCUGCUGACUUUACAAAGAGGAGAAGACAUUCCUGGAUCCUCCCUUUGCUCCAGGUCUUUCCUGAAGAAUGGACAGUUUCUGCAGCUGAACGAUGGCAAAUGGAGGAUUACAGCUUCUCGGCUUCACCUUGGCCUUUUUGGGUUUCAUUGGGAUCAUAGCAUCUACAGUAAUGGUGGAGUGGAAGCAAUCUUCCUACGCUGGAGACAACAUCAUCACAGCCCAGGCCAUGUAUGAGGGGCUGUGGAAGUCCUGCGUUUAUCAGAGCACUGGACAAAUUCAGUGUAAAGUCUACGAUUCCCUCCUCCAACUACCAGCAAUCAUUCAGGGAGCGCGAGGCCUGAUGUUGUCGGCCGUUUUGCUGGCGUUUAUUUCCAUUCUGGUGACAUCUGUGGGAUUGAAGUGCACCACCUGUUUGUCAGAUCAACCGGAGCAGAAGGCCAAAGUGGCUCUGGCUGGAGGGGUUGUCUUCAUUAUUGCUGGCCUGCUUGCUCUGGCUGGAACAUCCUGGUACGGACGGAAAAUAGCUCAAGACUUUUACGACCCCUUCACUCCCACCAACUCUAGGUAUGAAUUUGGGAGCGCCUUGUAUGUUGGAUGGGGAGCUUCCUGUCUGAUCCUCAUCGGUGGGGCCUUCCUCUGCUGCAACUGUUCUGACAAGAGGAGCUCCAAGAAUGCUCCACGCUACCCCCCGUCCAAAACUACAGGCAGCAGAGUUUAAAGAAGACAAUAUAAAACAAAUUAUUGUUAUAAAUUUAAAUUCAGACUUGAUUGUAAAACCUUGUUAAAUAUUGUUUUAAAUUCAACUUGARACCAAUUUAAACUUUUUUUAUUGAACAGCUACAACAACUACAACAGUGGUGCUCAGACUGUGUAGUGCACUGCCUUGGUCGGGGCUGGGGCAGGGGGUAUUGUAUUUUUUUAGAUUUUGAUGCAAAUUUUGGGAACCACUGACUUAGUCAAAGAUUGGGAAGAAUGUUUUGUUUUACAGUGAAUUUUGUUUUGUUAUAAAUUGUGACUUUUUUAUGUGAGAAAAUAAAAC